AUGGCGCAGGCAUUCGAGGUUAUGAGCUUUCCGGAUACGUUGCUUUUCGAUACAGCCUUGUUGCUGGAUCGGUACUAUGCCAGCCUGCCCAAGGAGGAUUGCAAUACCGCAGAAUCGCAAAGAAGGCUGUUGGCAGCCGUUUGUGUGGCGCUGAAGACUGGAUCCAACGUAGAGCCGCAGCUGCCGCUGCGACAGGUGGUUGCACAUCUCGGGCACGACGAGGUUCCCUUUGACGAUGUCAUUGCCGCUGAGCUUAUCAUCCUCAGGAAGCUUAGGUUUGAUGUGGGUACGCCGACUGCACGGGAUUUCCUGGAGGCGCUUGGUGCCAGGCUGAGCAAUUUCCAAGCGCCCGAUCGAGCCCAACACUUGGCAGAUUUCUUGCUGCAGCUGUCCCUGGCAGAUGCUGGUUUGCAUUACAGGUAUCCGCACUCGAUGCUGGCUGCUGCAGCCCUGCUUCUGGCCCUCUCGGUAACCUGUGCUCCAGCAGCCGCACAGACGGCGGUGCUGGAGGACCUGGAAUUGCACUUUCCAGAGGCCGCAGAUCAACACGGCACUUUGGCAAACUGCGGCCGUGAUUUGCAGUCACUCUGGCUCAUGAUUUUCGCCAACCAAGAGAACAUGCCGAAGGAGCCGAAGGAGCAGAGCCACUCGGAACGCCUCCUUCUGGGCCCUGCCAUCACGGCGGCGUUGACGGACUACUUCACGCGAGCGGAGGCCACAACGAACAUCGUCGCGGCCAUCGCCUCGGCACCGACACGAUGGAAGCUUGGCAGCGGUCCGGGUCCCCAACGGUUCGCCAACACGCUGAACCUAUUUGCGGUGUUUGAGGCGCGUGCUCUCAAAACGUCGAUGCCGGAGGUGAGAAAGCUCACCGGGGGCGACGUUGAAGGUCAUGAUUGGUGGGAGAAACAUGAAGAACUCCUGGAAGCUGCACGAAAAGAGCUAGGACCGCUCCACGAGGAUGUGUACCACCUGUGCUCGUCUCGAGGCUCCGAAUUAGAAGCAGCUUCCUGUCUUCUUCCAGCCUUGCGGCAGGCACUGGCUGAUGCUUCUCCUGCAGCACUACGUUCACAACUAGUCGAGGUUUGCAGAGAUGCAGCAGGCUACGCCGUGUACAGGUUUGACAUCUUCGCCCCAGACUGGUGCGAUCGAGUCCUUGCUGAGCUGGACCAUCUCGAGGCAAGUGGCAUUCCUCUCCGUCGGCCGAACGGCAUGAAUCGCUAUGGAGCCAUUCUCUCGAACUUGGGAUUUCAAGAAGGGCUGCUACAGCCGUUGAUGAGGCUUGUGGUGAAGCCAUUGGCCCGAGAGCUGUGGCCUGAAUGGGUAGAUCCGAAGGAUUGCGCUGAAACCUACGGCUUCGUGGUGCGAUACAGGAUUGGCGAGGAUGUGGAGCUUGCUGAGCACGCAGACACUUCCAAUGUCACUUUGAACGUGUGCUUGGGAAAGGAGUUCACAGCAGGCGAGCUCUAUUUUAAAGGAGUACGCUUCACCCCAUCGCAGGAUGAUGUUCAGGAGCACUCGGUCUUCCACAGUCGCGGGUCUGCUCUGAUACAUUUGGGUGGGCACUUCCACGGCGCAAGGCCGAUCACGAGCGGAGAGCGUAGCAACCUCAUCCUCUGGGGAACUGGAGAUGGUGGGCAGGUCCGGAUUCGACCAGCGACGCCAAAGAGUGAAGCUAUGCACUUCACGAACAACUCUCUCGUUCAAAGCUUGCGAGCGUCGAAGGCUCGGACAUAUGCUGCCACCAAGAUGACAUCAAAGAUCUGCAGUGCUGACAGACGGCCCCGUGCUGCUUCUUGGUGCGGGCAGCGCCUUUCUGCAAGGACGGUUGUACCAGCUCAAGAGUGA